AAAAUAAGGAAGACAACGUUACGAAGGACAUACUACCAUGGGAGGGAAAGUUCAGUUAAAUAAGAAAAAUUCUAUAUUUAGAUCUUAAGAACAUAUAUAUAAAAGGACAUCCUUUUAUCUGGUCCGAAACAGAAGAAACGAAGGUUCAACCUCUCUGAACACAGUUCACAGCACACCCAAGUGCCAGCGAUCUCCACUUCCACUAUUCCAUACUACCAGUGAACCACCAUGGAAGAAUCGGGCUCCUCUCAUGAAAAAACUGAGAGUGAGUCCUCUCAUUGUCGUAAGCCCCAUUUGCCAUCUGGAUCAUACCUAUCUAAGAAACCUUCCUAUAAGGUUUAUUGCAAGGCUGAUCCUAAUUUUUUUCUCACGAUCAGAGAUGGGAAAGUGGUUCUAGCACCUCCAGAUCCAUCUGAUGAGUUCCAACACUGGUACAAAGACGAGAAAUUCAGCACAAUGGUAAAGGAUGAGGAAGGCUUUCCCUCCUUUGCUUUGGUUAAUAAAGCCAGUGGAAAGGCUUUGAAGCAUUCCUUUGGGCCCACUCACCCAGUGCUGCUAACACCUUAUGAUCCAGAUGAUCUUGAAGCGUCUAUUCUGUGGACUGAGAGCAAGGAUUUAGGUGAUGGUUACAGAAUUGUGAGGAUGCUUAACAACAUUCGCCUGAAUGUGGAAGCUCUCCGUGGUGAUAAGAAAUCUGGUGGUGUCAGUAAUGGUACGAAAGUUGUCCUCGCCUAUUGGAACAAAGGAGAUCACCAGAAAUGGAGGAUCACUCCACUCUGAAUAUAUAUGCUGGUAUUGCAAUUUAUAACAGCCAUGUUGAAUUUGCUGGAGUAUGAAUCAGGAAUGUUGUAUGCUGUUGUGUUCCUUGAACAUAAAAUAUAGAUGUGUGGCCGAGACUUUACUACUACGAUUUCUGCUAUAUAUAUUGUUGAUGUGUAUGAUCUGUAAUUGUAUAUCUAUCUCAUGUGUGAGCUAUUGUAAGCAUAUGAUGCAGUUCCUAUGAAAUUAAUAUAUCUAUUUAUCAUAUAGUUUGAA